UACACUGUUUACUGACUUAGAGUUUACUAAUUACAGGUACAACCCGCAAAAAAACGAAAAGAAGAUUUAACAGACCUGAGGAAGAAGAUGGUCGAAGGUCCGGGGUGCAAAUUAAACGGAGAAAAAAUCCGCUCAAAGGUUCAGAAAGGACAGAAAGUGAAAUACAUCAAAACAUCGCCUACAAAUUCUGAUGGAAAUACACUCCGCAGUCUUCAUGGUUGUAUAUUUACCGGCGUUGAAACUCUGGGGAAAGAGCUUUUCAUGUACUUUGGUCCAAAAGCCUUGAGAGUCCACUUUGGCAUGAAUGGAUCAAUACGUAUAAACGCUGCUGUGGUGAAGGAAAAGAAUGGCUCCAUCCCAGUACUGGAACUACACCUGAGUAACGACAUUGUGUGCUUUUUUGACAGCACUGUGGAAAUAAGGUUGACCGAGGACUGUGAGCAGAGGGUGAGAGCUCAGGAGGUUUUGGAUGUGUGUUCCCCUAAGUUCAGCUUUUCCCACGCUGAGGAGGCUGUAAGAAAGCAAAGUAGCAGGAUGCUCUGUGAUGUUCUCCUAGACCAGGCCAUCAUGCCAGGCGUUGGCAACAUCAUUAAAAACGAAGCCCUAUUUGAUUCAGGCCUCCACCCAGCUGUGAAGGUUCACCAACUGACAAACGAGCAUAUCCACCACUUAGUGAAGAUGACUCGUGACUUCACUCUACUUUUUUACAAGUGUCGCAAGUCUGGCUCUCCUCUCUACAAACAUUACAAAGUCUACAAGCGUCCCCAGUGUGGCCAGUGCUUUCAUGUCAUCACAGUCUGUCGUCUUGGAGACAACGGCAGGAUGACUUACUUCUGCGAGCGCUGUCAGAAAGGAGAUCCCAGCGGGGUCAACAUCAGUAAGCUCCCAGUCAGGAACAGUCUGAUUGGCUGGACCUACAGUGGAAAGAGUGACGGUAAUGUGGCCAAAAAAGAGGAAGAGGACUGGGCCUGUAAACUCUGCACGCUCAUCAAUCGGCCAACGGCGAAAGCUUGCGAUGCCUGCCUCACUCCACGACCUGAGGUCCACGAAGACCACAUUAGCACUGAAGCAUCACCCUUCAGCACUGAUUUGAUUAAAUACCCCUGCACCGCGUUCAAGAAACCAGAAGAGGAGCUCAAAGUCAACUGGAGGUCUGCUUUUGGGACUUCCACCCUUGUUUUCUCUGACUUGAGCGAGAAGCCAAAGCCUGUAAACUCCCCCCUCUCCCCAGCCAGCAGUCAUUUGAAUUCCUUGGCGGCAGAACGAGGUUUAUAUAAAUACAGCGUCUGCCAAGGGACAACAAGCCCCAAUUAUGCCUCUGGUGGCUGGCAGAAGCAAAGUGCCGGCCUCUCCGAUGGGGAAUCACUGGCCUCCUACAGUCACCCAUCCAAGAAAAUGAGAAUUGAUCACAGUCCCUUUCCCAGUAACAAUGCUCAAACUGGAACCCUCCAUUCAGGUAGCCACAAAGCGAAAGCGACAGACUGCAGCUUCUCUAUUUCAUCCAGUCCCAGCAUCCCUUGUUGUUCAACCCAUCGUCGUCCAGCUGCCCUCAGAGUUGUCCACAAGGAAGGCGAGAAUAAGGGACGACAGUUCUACACCUGCUCACUUCCCAGGGAGACCAAGUGCAACUUCUUUGAGUGGGCUGACUCACAUUUCCCUUUUUGUCACCAUGGGAAACGCUGUUUAAUGAGGACAGUUCUGAAACUGGGACCCAACAACGGCCGGAAUUUCUACACCUGCAGCUUGAUAAAGGGUAAACAGUGUGACUUUUUCCAAUGGGUUAAGAAUGGACCGGGGCUUUCUAUUCUCCCAGGUUGUUAAAGUUUUAGUCGGAUAUUUUUCCUGAACAAAACACUGUGUCCUCGAGUUUGUAAGUAUGUGGUAGAGACUGAACCGAGGCGCCGCAGCACAUCAUUAUUUUACUUGAUACAUAAAAAGUGUUCUGAUGAAUAUCACAGUUGGUUCAUGUUGAUUUGUACAAGAUUUAUUCCAUAUAUUUGUCCAUGUUUUAAUGUUAUAACUAUGAAUAUUUUAAUAAAGAAUCCAAAAAAUAAAAUGACAAAUUAAUCAUUUUAUUUAAUCAUCUGUA